AUGGCGCAAAAAGUCCGGAUAAUAUCUGUCUUCUCUGCAUCAGCAAUCACCACAGUUGUCAGUCUCACCCACGCAUAUUACAUCUUGUUUGAUGGCGGGCUAAAGGUGAUUAUGGCUGCGAUAGUUGAGGCUUCUACGUCUCUAAUUGUCGCGAACUCGAGUGUCAUCGUCCCAUUCAUCUUCCGUUUAAAGACAGAAGAUGAUGCACCAUCCUCUCUGGCACCCAUCAUAACGUUUGGAUCACAGCCUAGGAAGCGCAUGCAUAACUCUCUUGCUACUACUCUUGUAGGCGCGGACACCACCAUGAUUGUACUGGAGGAUCUCUCUGAUCGUCCCCGAUCUCUGAAGACAAGCGACGAGGAUGAGAUUACUUUAAACAACAGGGAGGGCAAGUAG